AUGACUAUAUCAGGCAAUAAUAAGAUCAAUCUAUUUGGACUCAAUGUUACAAUCAAUGGUGAUGUUGGUGGUAAUGGUGUAGUCAUUGACUCUGGCAUAUCUGGACCAUUGGACUUUAUUCAACUUCAAAAAGUUAGUGGAAAUGGUAUAGUUCCAGUUCCAACAACACAAACACUUAUCACAUUGAACAAUAUUACAAUGAUCAAUGUACAAGUGACAUCAGUUGACAUUGAGUACGUGACACUGGUACUCAACAAUGUCAGUAUCAACAGUAAUGAUAGUGUUGGAUCAAGAUCUUUCACUCCAAUCACCAUCACUCCACCACAAUACACAACAUCACCAUCAACAUCAAGACUGACAAUAAAUGGAGGAGUCAUAUCAAAUGUGCCAAGCUCAGAUAAUGUAUCGGUGAUCUUCACAUCACAGUGUGAUCUGAUCAUUAAUGGAACACAGUUUAUCAAUAAUACUGGAUAUAGUAUGAUCAGUGUGCAUAAUGGUACUCUAUCAAUCAGUGAUUCAACAAUGUUCAACAACACAUUCAUCAACAAUCUGAUCGAUAUCGGUUAUUCACGAGUAUCAUCAACAAUCAACAAUUGUACAUUCACUGAUAACACUUUGACCAACUCUGUGAUGGAGCAACAUGAAGGAUGGCUGACCAUCACCAGCUCACUAAUGAGUGGAAAUAGUGACCUGCACAAUGUGAUCGAGUUAAAUGAUGGAGUUGUAAUGAUACAAAACACAACGAUCAGUGAUAACUUUAUAAUGAGUAAUGGAUCAUCGAUCAAUGGCAAUGGCAUCACACUCAAUAUGAUCAACUGUAGUUUGACCGACAAUCAGUACCAGGUCGCAUCCAUACCACUUUGGUUCAAUGGAUCAUAUGUAACGAUCACUGAUGUAGUGUUUAGUACACCGGUUGACACUGGCAACAUCAGCAUCAUAGAUUGCCAUAGUGGAAACAUCACAUUCAACAAUAUAACCAACAACUAUAUUGGACAUCAAUUGAUCAAUUGUGAGAUUUUGGAUUUGUGUAAGAUAUACUAUGGUAAUGAUGACCAUGAUCAAUCAGAAACACUUUGUCCAGUGGCACCACCUUGGAGAGGUGGAGGCGGAGGUCGUGGACUUGGUGGUGGAGCAAUUGCAGGAAUUGUAAUUGGAUCUAUUGUUGGAGCCUCAAUCAUCAUAUUUGCUGUAGCAAUGAUAUUUAAGAAGUACUACAUAACGAGGAAGGACAUUGACAUGCGAUACAUGGAGCACAAAGAUAAUUUAUAUUAA